UCACACCCCGGUUCUCCAGGAGAGGCAUUUCGGAACCUUUGCCGACCUCACCAUGCCGGUUGCCGCCACCAACUCUGAGACUGCCAUGCAGCAAGUCCUGGACAACUUGGGAUCCCUCCCCAAUGCCACGGGGGCUGCAGAACUGGACCUGAUCUUCCUGCGAGGCAUUAUGGAAAGUCCCAUAGUAAGAUCCCUGGCCAAGGCCCAUGAGAGGCUGGAGGAGACGAAGCUGGAGGCUGUUCGGGACAACAACCUGGAGCUGGUGCAGGAGAUCCUGCGGGACCUGGCGCAGCUGGCCGAACAGAGCAGCACCGCCGCUGAGCUGGCCCGCAUCCUCCAGGAGCCUCACUUUCAGGUUUCCUCCAGGCUGGGGUGCAACUGGGGCAGGCCAUUGGGGGAGGGGCCGGCAGGAAGUUGGAGGUGGAAUGGAAAGGGACUGCAGGGCACUGGCCCAUGGCCCCUUCUCUUCCCACCACCUCCCCAGUCCCUCCUGGAGACGCAUGACUCUGUUGCCUCAAAGACCUAUGAGACACCACCCCCCAGUCCCGGCCUGGAUCCCACGUUCAGCAACCAGCCGGUGCCUCCUGACGCUGUGCGCAUGGUGGGCAUCCGCAAGACCGCUGGAGAACAUCUGGGCGUGACAUUCCGCGUGGAGGGUGGCGAGCUGGUGAUCGCACGCAUCCUGCACGGGGGGAUGGUGGCUCAGCAAGGCCUGUUGCAUGUGGGUGACAUCAUCAAGGAGGUGAAUGGGCAGCCCGUGGGCAGCGACCCCCGUGCGCUGCAGGAGCUCCUGCGCAGCGCCAGCGGCAGCGUCAUCCUCAAGAUCCUGCCCAGCUACCAGGAGCCCCAUCUGCCCCGCCAGGUAUUUGUGAAAUGCCACUUUGACUAUGACCCAGCCCGAGACAGCCUCAUCCCCUGCAAGGAAGCAGGCCUGCGCUUCAACGCUGGGGACUUACUCCAGAUUGUAAACCAGGAUGAUGCUAACUGGUGGCAGGCAUGCCACGUGGAAGGAGGCAGUGCUGGGCUCAUCCCCAGCCAGCUGCUGGAGGAGAAGCGCAAAGCCUUCGUUAAACGGGAUCUGGAGCUGACGCCCAACUCAGGGACCCUAUGCGGCAGCCUUUCGGGAAAAAAAAAGAAACGAAUGAUGUAUUUGACCACCAAGAAUGCAGAGUUUGACCGCCAUGAGCUGCUCAUCUACGAGGAGGUGGCCCGCAUGCCUCCUUUCCGCCGGAAAACCCUGGUGCUCAUCGGGGCUCAGGGUGUGGGUCGGCGCAGCCUGAAGAACAAGCUCAUCAUGUGGGAUCCAGACCGCUAUGGCACCACGGUGCCCUACACAUCCAGGCGGCCCAAAGACUCAGAGCGGGAAGGCCAGGGUUACAGCUUUGUGUCCCGAGCGGAGAUGGAGGCUGACAUCCGUGCUGGGCGCUACCUGGAACAUGGCGAAUACGAGGGCAACCUGUAUGGCACACGUAUCGACUCCAUCCGGGGUGUGGUCGCUGCCGGCAAGGUGUGCGUGCUGGAUGUCAACCCCCAGGCGGUGAAGGUGCUGAGAACAGCGGAGUUUGUCCCUUACGUGGUGUUCAUUGAGGCCCCUGACUAUGAGACCCUUCGGGCCAUGAACCGGGCUGCACUGGAAAGUGGGGUGUCUACUAAGCAGCUCACGGAGGCGGACCUGAGACGGACAGUGGAGGAGAGCAGCCGCAUCCAGAGGGGCUACGGGCACUACUUUGACCUCAGCCUGGUCAACUGCAACCUGGAGAGGACCUUCCGCGAGCUCCAGGCCGCCAUGGAGAAGCUGCGGACGGAGCCCCAGUGGGUGCCUGUCAGCUGGGUGUACUGAGCCUACUCGACUGGACCUUGUCCCCUCUGGGUUGUGACCCAGAGACCUGAAUCCAUCCCUUUCCCAACCAUGACCCUCAACCACGGUCCCGAGCUCCAGUCCCUGGGGCUCUGGCUCCCUGGGAAGCAGCUCCUCGCAGGCCCCAAGUCUGGCUUCGGUGCAGAGGCAUGCACUGCCAGGGAGGUGGGUGUUCGUGGGGUACCUCUGUGCCCAGGUGCUGCCCCCUCCUGAUGCCCAUUGGCCACCAGAUGUUCCUCUCUGAGGGCCACGCUGUGCCCAGGAGUGUGUCAGAGUCACCGCCCAAAGGCUCAGACCAGAGAAGAGAAGAUGCUUUGGGACCACGUGGUCAGUAGGUACACUGCCCCUGCCACCUCUCUCCAGUCACCUUCUCUCCUCUGGACUGGCCACCCCACCCUAUUCCCAAGCUCCUCCCACCUCUCACCCCUCUGUCCUAGGAGCAGGCCUUAGGCUUUUUCUAUGUGGCCAGGGGAGUGCAAGGCCCCCUGGCAGCCGGGCAGGCCUGGCAGUGGGGCCAACCUGGUGCCAUCCGGAAGGCUGCAGGAGCCAAAGCAUGAGCCAGUUGUCACAGCCGGGAGCAGUGCAGCUCUCUGCUCCCGGGAACGAGGCAGAGUCCCGCGAAUGGACCCUGCCCGAUAUUUCCCUCAUCCACAGCUUUUCACUGCCGAAGUCUCUCCAGGGACUUCUCCAAUGUGCCCGCAGGUCAGCUCUGCGCCCCGCAGGGCCAGGCCGACAGGGGGCAGCAGGCACAGCCCAGGCCGGGGGGGUUGGAGGCUGAGCCCUGACCCCAGGAGCCUGCUACUACCGACCGAAGAGCUCCAAGCUCUCCAUGGCCCAUGGGGAGGACACGCCUGGGCUCCCUGUUCACGACCAUUGUCCAUGUGGUCUUUGCUCUGGCCAGGUCCACGUGGUCCACUAGUGUCAGGAUUGAUGGGGGUGAGGAGGCGGGGGGCUCAGGAAGGAUGCGGAGGGGAGCUGUGAGCACUGUGCUCUGAUAGGCUCCUCAUUGCCCAGCGCCAGGGGGUGCCAUCCAUGCUGUUUCUGUGCAGUUUACGUCCACAUGCGACCCACCUGGUCUGGGUUCUGCCACUGGCUUGUGUGUGUCAGGCUUGGUUUUUGGAGAAGAGACACUUUGGAGGUCACUCUUUGGGUCCCCUUUUCAGGGUUUCCCAGCAGCUCCCCUGUCUUAUGAGACACUUAUCCCAGAUUCUAGAGCCUUGACCCACCCAGAUGUCUUCCUCCAGCUCUUAUUGUCCCCUGACCCUAAAUGCCACUCUCCUGUCCUUGGUGAGGGCAAUUGUGUAAAACAGGAGACUCCCUUUUUUUUUUUUAGAGAAAGGAAGGGAGAGAGAGAGAGAGAGAAAGAGAGAGAAACAUCGAUUGGUCGUCUUCCCAUGUGCCCCAAAUGGUGAGUGAACCUGGAACCUGGAUGUGUGCCCUGGCCGGGAAUCGAACCCACAACCUUUUGGUGUACGGGUCGAUGCUGCAGCCACCUGAGUCAUACUAGCCAGGGUGAGAAUCCCUUUUGAGAAAAGAAUGCCAUCCUCAACUUCCCCAGGCAUCUCAUCCCUCAUCCUUCUCUGUGAUCCUUCCUGGGGUGAGCCUGUCCUUGCUGGGGGCCCCCCAGCCCCUGUGCUCCCCCGUCCUUCUGAAUGUCAGUCAGUGUUCGCUGCAGCGUCAGCCCAAGCUGGCCCCUGAACCACUGUGUGCCCAUUUCCUAGGGAAGGGGAGGGAGAAGAAACAGAAUAUUUAUUACAAAGUUAGAAAUAUAUUUAUUGUAUUAGGGAUCUCAUUGCAUUUGCAUAAGAUAUGCAAAUGAGAUGUCAGGGUCAAGCCUGCUCCCAUCUCAUUUGCAUAGCUCUGCAUCCACUAUGCAGUCAUCUUUAUACUCCUCUUUUCCCUUUAGUCAGCCUUCUUUUUAUCCUUCAUUCAACUCUUACAUCACCCUCACCCUCACCCAAGGGGACUGGGAGUGGGAGGAAAAUGGGGUGUCCUUUGCCAGGUCCCACCUCACCUGGUUAACCUCUGACCAAAAGAUGGGGUCGGGGGGAGCUGGGCACAUUGCUGGGGAGUUGGCAGGUGGCCCUUUAGGGUGAAUCUCCAGUGUUGAUGCUCUCUGGCACCUUCACCUCUAGUGAUCCCCCGGGGGCAGGGCUGGGCCCCUCUCCUGUCUCCAUCCCUCUCUGAACAGCGUGCUACCUCCCCUGCAUAAGCCCCACUCCAUGGAACAGGUGUGUGCACCCACGAGUUAGCUCUGACUCUGUCCUCCCUCCUCCCACUGUGGACGCUUGUAUUUGGGGAACCUCAGGAUAAUGAGGCCCCUGCCCCCCACAGUCUGAACCCAUUUCCCCUUCCCCCUCCCCUCCCUCAGCCAUCCAGUUCCUGAGCUUUCUGUCUGACUGGUUUUCUUUCUUUUCCGUUGAUUAAAUGUGAAAGCAAAGGCA